AUGGUCAGCAUCAACCACGAAAACGCAGAAUACUACUUCGACCGCGAUGUCGAAUGCGUCCGCAGAUUCUUUCGAAAGCGAUUCCGUUAUCAUUCCGACGAAUUCCCGCGCUUCAAAGACGUGGUCCCCGAGUUUGCGCGCAAGCAGACCAAGCUGCCCAAGUCUGCGCCGCAGCCCCAAGAUGUCGAGCAAGAUGCAGCCAACAACGCACAGACCGGCGACGUACGUCUCGAUCUUCUCGCCAAGGCCAGCGGAUUCGGAGGCUCGAAGCAGGAUCGCGAACUCGAACAGUUCAUGUCGUCACUCCGCCUCAGCACAACUCAAGGCAUGAUCGAAGUUGCAGAUUCCUCCCCAGAAUCAGGCGAUGAGGUGGAUAGCGAUGAACGAGAUCAGGACGAAGAUAGCGACGAAGAAGAAGACGAAAGCAGCGGAGAGGAUGAGGAAGACGACGAACAAGGUUCCGACGCCGAACUGUCGAGGAAGGCUCGCAAGUCUGCCAAAGCCAGUGCCAACGGCGUCAAGCCCUCCCGCGGUGCCGCCAGGAAAGCUUUGCUCGACGGCGACGACAGCAAAAUCGCACAGCUCGUCGCCUCGGAUCGCGCAAAGGCUACUCGUCGCGCCGAAAAACAUCACGGAAAGAAGGCGCACGCCGGCAAGGGCGGCAGAGCUCAUGCCGGCGGUAAAGCCAAGACCGGAAAGGCGAGGAUGAUCAGCGACUCCAUGGAUUUCUAA